UUUCAUUCAUCGCGCGCUCCUUUGCCGAGCAGCAACUACUGACGCGCCGCAGGAUUACAAGUUGAACAAGUGCCGGACGCAGAUUUGCGUGGAUUUGUAUCUAUUAUUUGGUGUCGAUUUUGUGCGGGUGUGAUUUUUUUUCUUAACUUUCGGGUAUUAUUUGUUUGGGUCUAUAUAACUUUGUGUAACAUUUUAUGUGUAUCUUCAUUUAAAUUGGUGCAAAAUGAAGACGAACUUUUUUCUGGUUUUGGUUUGCUCUGUCUUGGUGUGUGGUCAUCUCGCGGCGGGUGCGCUCGUGCUGGGCGACGAGUGUAACGGCGACUGGGAGUGUCGAGAGCACAUUUCUGGGUCUAUAUGUCAGAGGGGGCGCUGCUCCUGUCAGCCGUUCUACGCCAGAGUCAACCAGACGGUCUGUUUGCAAUCUACACUUUUGGGAUACGAAUGUCACGUACCGGAACAAUGCUCGUUGAAAGUUGCCAACAGCAGUUGCUUAGAAGGAGUUUGUCGCUGUGUUGAUGGUUUCCUGCAAUUCAGAAAACACACUUGUUUAGGGCCUGCUAGGCCAGGAAAUGUGUGCUACAGCAAUGCUCACUGUCGUUUAUGGACAGCAGACAGCCAUUGUGAUUUCCUCAUUCCUAACUUGUUUGGAAGAUGUUCCUGUAAUUCACCAUUUAAACAGUUAGGUGACUCGUGCGUACGAUCGGCCUUUCAAAGUCAGCCGACAACAACCCCGCCCCCUAUCAAGGAGAUUACGACGCCCCUGGCGGAAGAUAUCGAAACUAACGCUAUAAUCACGCCGGAUUCCGUCAACGAAAUCAAGAAAUAUACGGUGUUGACCAAAGCGGCAACCACACCAAUAGGAGGGCAGUUGAAUGGAAAUGGUUCUUCAGUUCCAGUGUCCAGUACUACAGAAUUACCGAUUCUCCAAAAAAUCAGCUCUACACCAGGACCAGUAGACGUUACUACCAGAGCUACCGUAGCUCAAAGGAUCACUACAAUGGAACCUCCUAUCUCGAAUUCCAUUAUUACAAUUUCCUCAACUACGUCAACUACAGCUUUACCACCAACCACGACAGGUAUAAGAACCAGGUUAGAAACAUCCAAUGAAGCAAUAAGUUUAGGAUUGCCUUGCGUGACAGAUUUGCAAUGUAGGGCAGCCGACCAGUCUUCAAGAUGUAUAGAAGGUGUGUGCGAUUGUAUCAUUCAAGGAAAUGGAACGAAAUCAUGUUCUGCCAGGAAUAGGGGAUGUAUUCCAGGAACUUUUCAGUGUCGAAGUACCGGAACAUGCAUAAGUUGGUUCUUCGUUUGCGAUGGUAGAAAAGACUGUUCAGAUGGAUCCGACGAAGACUGCAAUCCCAGCAAAUGUCCUAACGAAUCAUUCAGAUGCAGAGAAUCGGGAAAAUGUGUUUCCAAAGCAAGUAGAUGCGAUGGCGUUAACGAUUGUCAUUUAGGUGAAGAUGAAGAAAACUGCCAAGUCUUUGGUAGAAGUAAAUGCCCACCAGACACAUUCCAAUGUGCCGACGGAAAAUGUCUGCCAGAAUACGAAUUCUGUAACGCCAUCAUCGGUUGCAGUGAUGGUAGCGAUGAACCCGCUCACAUAUGUCGAGGUAGAGCAAGGAGGAAAAUAAGAGGAUAUUGUCCGUUAAGGUGUGGCAAUGGAAGGUGCAGAUCCAGUGCGAUUGCUUGUUCUGGAAGGGAUGGUUGUGGAGAUGGUACCGAUGAAAGUCAUUGUUCAGUUUGUCGAUGUCCGGUAGUACAAGGAAGAAGUUUGUCAUAGUACCCCAACUUGAUGUGCUCCCAUUGUACCAUGCCAAAUAUUUUGUAAAUUGUUUCCGUAAAAUUACAAAUAAUACCUAUUCGACUAGUAGUUGUAGUUUGUUAGAGUUUUAUUCCGUUAGCUGUACGAAUUAAUUUAAUGCUCAAAUUAUUACUAUUAAUUAUUAAUAUUGUACUUAAAAUAGAAUGGUUUAUUUAUUCGAAUUAAAUUUAUUACGUAGGGUACCAUACGAAUAAUUUAGAUGUAAAAAUGUGUUAAGGCUAUCAUUAUAAGCUAGAUAAUAUAA